UAGUCGUAUAUUUGAGUAGGUCAACAGUAGCUGUUAUUAUGGAAUUCAUUGCAUACAUUACGUGUCAUCGGGGCCUCAUCCUCUGAACAAGUCGUUGCUUGAAACGGCUCCCUCUUCCGUCGUUUACCACUUUUUAUAUUACUUUACAGCCGUUGGAUCAGAUUCCCCACUGGACCCCACCCUCACACCAGACUUUACCCAAUCUUACCCCUACCUUUUUCCCAUCUACCCCUCAAUUACAUCUUAUUUCCGAAAUGUGCCAUCCCCCUCCCCUCCUAUAAAUCAACUCUUUGACACCAGCUAUGUUUGCCCAACUGAAAAGCCUGAGGGCCCUUUAGAAAAACAAACCCUCCUCCUUUCUUCUCUCUCAUCCCUCUCUCUCUCCUCUCUCCUCUCUCCUCUCUCCCAAAAGAAAAAAAUAUAUAUUAUUAUAAUUCCAUCAAUUGAUGGCUACAUCUUCUAGAAGGUCUAGCGGAUCGGUAUUACCCGUCGGCUCGGCUUUCCGACGGGCAGGUCCUUUCUAUAAUUCCACGACUAUGACGUCAGAUGCGUCGUCGUCGUCUUUUAAGUCUGCGUCGUCCUCUUCAUUUGCUUCUUCCACCAGCUAUUACUCUUCUUCUUCUUCUUCUGCCUCUGGUGGUUUCUUCAACAAACGUCGUGCGGCUUCCCCGACGCGCGUCAACCUUCACGCGCUAUCACCGCCACCUCCCUCGCCGUCUGUUCGUUUCUCUAUCGACAGAUCUAUAUCCCCGCGGCGUUCGAUUGCGGCUACGCCGCGCAAUCAGGUGGUUCAGAGGAAAGGCGGCAACAACAACAUCCAGAAGAGGACGUGCUUGUGCUCGCCUUCGACGCAUCCAGGUUCGUUUCGAUGCGCUCUUCACAAAAGCAGUUUCGGAGGCGUCGGCGGUAACCACUCGGUACCCAAUCGUUUGAACAUGAGGAGAUCGGCGAUGACGAAUUCUCUGGUCCGGAUCGGGACCGUUGAAGGUGAUUUAGUGAAGCGAGCUUUAGCGUCCUUGAUUCGUCCGUCGUCCCAUCAGCAGCGCCGUCGAGUCAACUUUCGGGCGCGACCGAGCCGUCUUUCAGUCAUGACCAAAGCCGAGGAUCUCUGACUGAUAAAAUAAGUGGAGAUUGCAGGUUUGAUGACUAUUGGUAUUGUUUAAAGUUUUCUCUUCCACGGCGGCAGAGUUUUGUACACCGGCGGGGCGGCGAGUGGUAAUACCUAAGCAAUUUUGGAAACAGGAUCUGUCUCCGUUGUACAUAUGUUGUUUGCAAAUGAAGGACGUUUUAGAAUAGCAUUCCUCAUCCAUAUAUAUGAAUCUAAGUAACAAUCAGUAAUUCUCUAGCGCUUGCAAAAAAAAUCAAUUGAGUUUUCUAUAAAACAAAAACUAUAAUUCAAGCUAAAACUAAAAGGAUUUCGGCUUGUUGUUUGAGUUGGCGUUUGGGUUUGUUAAGAUUAUAGAGAUCAAUCCAUUCUCGUCAAGGUAUUCAGUACGUGUUUCCCGUCGUCGCGUUCCGUUCAACAAUUCCGUUAAUUGUCCGUUCGCCGUGACUGUUAGCCGUCCAUCUUGUUUGCUGCUUCUCUCAAUCCGAGCGUGCAGGACGGCGUAAUUACUUUAGGAUGAUGAGCUUGAAAGCGUGCAAGUUAGCAAUUACUUGGGAGUUGGGACAUCAUGUAUGUUACUUUAAACAUAAUAAUACCUUUGCUUUGGGAGACCGGAUUGGACCGAAAACAUAUUUGUGAUGUAAAAAAUGGAAGUUACUGGACAGUUAAAAUGCAAUCAGAUAAAAAUAAUAAUUAAUAAUAAAAUAGGAAUGACAUAAUAAGAAGAAUAAAGUGAAAAGUGAAAAGAGAGAAAAUGAAGAAUAAAGGUUAGGAAGACAGGGUCGAUGUGGGCCCAGAUAAUGGGUUGGGUUGGGCCCAUCUUGACAACUUGUAUGGUCUGGUUAAAUUGUGAACAGAUA